AUGAGUCGUUCGGCCUCACCAGUUGACGGGGCCUCAUCAGCUGAUGAGGUCUCGCCAGCUUAUGAAGCAACGCCUCACCCAUCGACUCCACAGAACGACGUUGUCCGGCCCAUUCUUCUGUCUCUGGAUGGGGGCGGUGUGAAGGGCUUGUCAACUCUCCUCAUACUGCAGGAGCUGAUGGAAAGGAUCAGCCGUGAAAAUCCGCCCAAGCCCUGCGAUGUCUUUGACAUGAUUGGUGGCACGAGCACUGGAGGGCUUAUUGCCAUCAUGUUGGGCCGUCUUGAAAUGUCUGUGGCCGAUUGCAUUGAGGCAUACCAACAUAUCUCCAGACAAGUCUUUCGUCCAACCUUCUGCAGCAAGUACAUGCCGCGAGUGAUGCGCACUAUCACCGGUCGGUCAAUGUAUGAUAGCCAGCACCUUGAAGAUGCAAUCAAAGACAUCAUCCAACUCUGUGGAGAAGCACCCAACGCGCCAUUGGAGACCACGGAUGAUGGCCAGUGUAAAGUGUUUGUCUGCGCGACGCAGUGUUUGGACAGAAGCCAAGUUCAAUUCCGCAACUACCAGGAUCCAGUACACCACAACCGUGUCAAGGGCAUCAAGAUUUGGGAAGCGGCUAGGGCGACAUCGGCCGCCCCGACCUAUUUCGAGCCUAUCAAAGUUGGCUCCCAUUCCCUCGAGUUUGUUGAUGGCGGUAUCGGCGCCAACAACCCCGUGUUUCAGACCCGAAACUGUGCUCGAGAUCUGUGGCAAGUACCGAACGCCGCGAGUUUCGAUGAGCAGAUUCACUGCCUGGUGUCCAUUGGAGCUGGAGCCGGACAAGGCUACAGUGCAAAAGUUCUGGAUAUGCUCAAAAACUUCUCAUCUGUAUUGACAGAUACAGAAGCGACAGCAUCCAAAUUUGCUUCCUCACAUGAACAUCUUGUGAAGACGAACAAGUACUUCAGAUUGACUGUCCCAGCUGGGAUCGGUAACAUUGAUCUCGCAGACACCUCAAAGCUCGAAGAUAUUUCAGGCCGGACCUUCACGUACCUGAAGGACAACUGCAGUGAGCAGUUGGAUCAGUGUGCCGAAGUCCUCAAGAGGAAGUACAGACCAGAGAAGAGCUCACACAGCAAGCGAUCUCGCAUUGGCCUCGUUCCUUUCAAGACAGCCGGAUCCGGAUCUGGAUGUGGACGUGGAUGUCGGUGGAUCAUUCUCUGUUUGACCAUUGCCGCCUUGAUCAUCGGUAUAAUCGCUGCUAACGCAGGCCCACCUCCGAUCGAUCGAUCUGCUCCCAUCAUUGCAGUUAUGGGGCAGGCUGGGGUGGGCAAGAGUGCCCUCAUCAACAUACUUGGGGGGCGGCACGUAUCGACCGGCGAUGUACCAGGAGUCGGGCACGAGUUGGAGUCUGGUUAUGAUCAAGAAACCUCAAAAGUCUCCUGGUACCGAGCUUCUAUUGAUGGCAGGAAUAUCUACCUCAUCGACACUCCGGGUUUCGACGAUGAUACGCUGUCCGACCUCCAAAUUCUGGAGCACAUAUCAAAGGAACUCCUCAAAAACUACCAGAACGGUCGACUACUUAGCGGUAUCAUAUACCUCUAUGAUAUCUCCCAUAAGCGUAUUCGAGGGACCGGUAUACAGCAACUGGACUAUUUGAAGCUGCUACUGGGAAACGAGGCCUACAGUAAUUGCGUUCUUGUCACAAACAUGUGGGAUCUGGACUCUCCAUCGGCCCAGGCCGGACAACAGGAUCGCCACAACGCACUGAAGCAAAAGUACUGGAAAGAUAUGAUCUCUGGUGGCUCAAUCGCCAUGCAACACGACGGUAGUUUUUAUUCUGCAAGGCGAAUCAUUUAUUACCUCAUCGACAAACCAAAGAUCCUUCUUUAUCAUCAACACGAGCGCGGGAAUGAGAAGAAGUCAUUCUGGCAGACCGAAGCUGGAACCAAGGCCCGCAGCGACCGGGAACUCAACGACCCAACCAUGGGCGAUUUUGGCAAGUCGGAGCCUGGGCCGGGCCUGUGGGACACGGUGCAUGAUUGGAUCUGGAGGCUACAGUUAAAAUGGACACAUCCUGUAGAGUAG